AUGCUCCAGGCCGCGCUCAGAGCCUCCGCCACCCGCGGCGUCGCCCGGCCCCCCCUCGCCUUCCAGGCUGCGAGGGGGUUCGCGUCGAAGAAGAAGAAGUCGACGAUCCCCAAGCCUCCCCCGCCACCUGCGCAAGCAUCCUCUCAGCAGGCCCAAGCCUCCUCCCAACAGGCCCAAGCGAAGCCCGGAGCUGCACCUGAACCUGGACAGCCGGCGUCCGCCCCGACUCCGGGAGAGGAGCCCGCACCAGCGUUCACGUCCCAGUCGGUCCCCAGCCUUGACUUCGCGCCCGGCGAGGGCGAAGAGGAGAUGCAGAGGGAGCGGACGGGGGCGCGGUCGUCCAAGGACUCGCUGUCGAGCAUCGAGCGCCGCCGCCGGUUCCUGGGCCGUGUCUCGUUCGCGAUGGUGCUCCUCGGCGCGGGCGCGGGCGCGUGGUACGCGGGGCGGGAGUGGGAGGACGAUGAGCUGCAGGCGCGGCACAUGUCCCGCGAACAGGCUACGCACAAUCGGUGGGAGCGAAUGAGGGCGCGGUUCACCGGGGUGUUCGACACUUUCACAGAACCACUCUGGCCCGAACUCCUCCCGCCACCCUUGCAGGGCCACAUGCACAGGGACUACACUCUCCUCGUGUCCAUCGACGACCUGCUUGUAGCGUCUACGUGGGAUCGUCAGCACGGUUGGCGAACAGCCAAGCGUCCCGGCGUCGACUACUUCCUCGCCUACCUCUCUCAGUUCUACGAGGUUGUGAUUUUCACCACCCAGCAGUACUACACUGCGUUGCCCGUGGUGGAGAAGCUGGACCCAUACCAGUUCUUCAUCAUGCACAAGCUCUUCCGUGAUGCCUGCCGCUCAGAAAACGGCCAACCGGUGAAGGACCUAAAGUACCUCAACCGCGAUCUCUCCAAGGUCAUCCUCCUCGACACCCACCGCGAGCACGUCACGCCGAACCCCGAAAACGCGGUGAUCGUCCCGAAGUGGGCCGGGGACCCGAAGGACCGCGGGCUCGUCGCCAUGAUCCCCUUCCUCGAAUCGAUCGCGAUCUUCAAGACGCAGGACGUGCGCCCCAUCCUCGAGGCGUACGACGGCAAGAACAUCCCGAUCGAGUGGGCGAAGAAGGAGGCGGAGAUGAAGCGCAAGCACGUCGAGGAGUGGGAGCACUCCCGCAAGGGCCUCUCGCGCGGCGGGAUGACGCUCAGCAGCCUCUUCGGCAGCUCCGACCCGGCGUCGGGCUCGCAAGCCCCGCCGACGUACCUCGAGCAGAAGCGGCUCGAGGCGCAGCACCAGUACCUCGAGGAGCAGGAGUACCUCAAGAAGAACAAGGCCUACUUCGACCAGCUCAUCAAGGAGGAGCAGGAGGCCGCCGCGCGCCAGAUGCCCUCCACGUUCUGGGGCGCCGCGCAGGCGAUGAUGGGCCCGCCGCCCGCCGCGGACGGCGCACCGCCCACUCAACAGGGCGCGGGCGCGCCCGGGGCCGCCGCGAGCUCGGCGGUCGUCGCGGCGGCGCCCGCUGGCCAGCCGGCCAAGGCGCCGUGA